CAUCUCUCUCCCUUCCCUCUCCAACCCCAAAUCACUCCCCUCCAUCAUGGGGCUUCCAAUGCCUCCUAUAAAAAUCAUCACUACCCCAAACCUCUCUUUCUGCCUUUUGAUACCCACCGUCUUCUCCUUCUCCUAAGCACGACAAAUUCUCAUUCCCCAACAACUUUAUACGCUCUUUUAUACUUUGUUGAUUUGAAUAUCCAUGCCAUACGUCCGCCCAGAAAUCAUGUUGAUCAAAAAUGCUAGAUUCCGAAGACCACUCCAGAUCAUGGAUCCCGAUUGUGCGAUUUGUUCCCAGCCUGCUCUCGCGCAAUGUGAGUGUGAGGCCAAGGGUUUGGAUAUAGCAGUGCGACAGGCAGAGCAGAGGAUGAUGACUCAGAUGUUUAAUGAUAUAAGGUAUUACUCCCUUCACUAUACCUCAGAAAUGACGUUACGGGAAGGUGCAGGAAUGGGGACUUUCUUUUUUGACUUUUCCCCGCAACCCCGCCAUUUCGACUUCUUGUAUUGCGACGACGCAGGAACCCCAAAAGCAAAGACUCGAGAAACCCCACAAGACAGGAAGCACAUGCUAAUCAAUUGAUCUCAUCAGAACCUGGGUCCGAGGCCACGCCCAAGACUACAUCCUCUCCUACUUCUCCAUGCUCACAACCCGUCGAAAAGACCAACACGCCCAGAUCCUACGUCAAAUCAACGAACGCGCAGCCUACUACUACAACGCGCGUCCCCAUCCCUCCGAAAUCGCCCACGCAGAUGCCGAGCUGAAGCGCGGCAUAGACGAUGACUGGAAACAAUCCGUGCAACGAUACCCCGAAGUACUAGAAUAUUUCUAUGGCUUGGUGGAUUUGAAUUUGCCCCAUGAUGAGGAGCCUGCGGUUAGGGAUCCGCCGUUGAGUGCACUGGGAGGUGGAUCGGGCGCGAGGAAGGUGAGGGUUAGGAGUCCGGAUCCUAGAGAGAGGGAAAGGGAAAGGGAGCCAGAAGUACGAAGAAGGGAACGUAGGAGGAGUAUUGGACGGAGGGAAAGGGAGAGGGGUCCGCCUGUUGCGCCUAUGGGCGUGGCACCUCCUCCUGGACAUGGCAGGAGACAGAGCACGGGGUUUGGAGGGGGGCCGGGAUACAGUUAUGUGCCGCCUAAUAAUAUGUAUUGAGGACGGUGAUCGGGAAGAGAGGGUAUAUAUGUGCUGGCAUCCUUGGGUUGGAUUUGUGGAUAUGGGAUCUGGUCAGAGAUGCAGACGACCUCUGUUCCUCAAUAUAUGUUAGGCAGUGCCUGGCAAAAAGGGCGAUCUGUGUUGGAACUUCAGAGUUCAAAUUCUCCUCCGAGAAUCCAGGCUCACGGUAGGCGAAGGCGGAGUUGGACAAGACGGCCUGGAUUCAGAAACCACGGGACACGAAGUUACGAAGUUACGACUACGACUACGACUACAUGAGAGAACGACAAAAUGACAUAUAGACCUUGCACCAUCGAAUCCUCGGAGACACGUGAAGGAGAAAAAGUUGAUGACCUGAUCGAUAUAUAUGCCACUAGUUCGUUCCGGGGUUACCUUUUCGAGCGGGGAUGUUUUCGAGGGAAGGAUGUUUUCUGCUGCAUAGCAUGCAUGGUUGGCGUAUUUGUAGCGUUUCUUUUGCUCUUUUUUCCUCUUUCUUUUUUUGUUCUGGG